AUGGCGAGCUUGGGAUCGGUCUGGGGCACUCUCGCUCGGCCCAAUCGACGGCCACCACCUAUAUCAUCACUGCUUGGACAACGGCAGAAUUACUCUCCCUUGCCAGUCCGGCCGACUUCGAAAGCUCGAAAGUUGGCGAAGCGAGCCAAAGUAGGAAAACUCAAUUUGAUCGACCAGACCCCUCCUCAAUCGUCCUGGAAUCUCAGCCCACCAUCGUUCUGGAAUCCAGCCACAAGCUCGCAGCCGAACAGCCCCAGCUUUCCAUGGACAGAGUACGACAGCAGUAGGUUAUCUCCCAGAGCGCCGGCCAGAGCGACGAAUGUCCCGAACGAUGGGUCCAGAUCCGGAGCCCCACGAUCGACGGCAGCAGUCGUCCAAGUACCCGAACAUGGGCCACAGGUCCUCCAAGCCAACCAUCCAGCCGCCCCCUUACUCUCGCAAUCCGCCCUGGUGAUCGUCCGCCAAUUGGAGAUGAUGAACCUGUUCAUCGGCUUCGAGCAGGCCAACCGCUACCGGAUCCUCAGUCCGACGGGCGAAACCUUGGGCUUCCUGGCCGAAGAAGAACGCGGCUUCAGCGGCACCCUCUUCCGCCAGAUCGCCGGCACCCAUCGGGCGUUCCAGGCCAGCAUCUUCGACCCUCUGGGCGCCGAGAUCCUGCGGAUCCGCCGUCCAUUCAGUCUCAUCAACUCGCGCAUCUUCGUCGAGGACAGUCUGGCUACGGAUGGUUCUGAGGAACGAGCGAUGAUCGGCGAGAGCCAACAAGAGUUCCAUCUCUGGCGGCGACGAUACAACCUCUUCACCCGACUCGGCUCAGGGUCUGCUCAGGAUGAAGAGCAACAACAACUGUACCAGCAGUUCGCCCGGAUCGACGCCGGCUUCCUCUCCUGGGACUUCUUCACCCUCGACGCCAACGCCCGUCCCACCGCUAGCGUCUCCAAAAACUUCACCGGCUUCGGCCGCGAAAUCUUCACCGACACCGGCCAAUACGUCGUCCGCUUCGAUGCCGUCGACGCCCCUCAGAUCAUCGAGCAGUCCCCUCCUCUCGCCAAUCCCUCCGCCUCUCUGGGCCAGUCUACCGGCUUGACUCUCGAUCAACGCGCCGUCAUCUUGGCCACUGCUGUAUCAAUGGGCGGCUUGAUGCCUCCGAUCUUCUUCGGCGGGGGCUCAUCCUCGGAUGGAGAUUUCUAA